AUCCCCACCUCAGCUUUUCACAUUUUCCGUGGCACAAACUUUUUUCUUGGCAAACUUUUCUCUCCUUCCCUUCAUUUUCCCUGAGGAGAGCUUGCCUCCUCUGCCUCUGAGUUCUCUCUUCUGCUUCCAUCUCCUUCUACAGAUUAAAUGAGCUUCGAAAUGCAAAGGGAAAGAGAACGAGAAAGGAAAAAAUAAGCUGCAAGAGCACGCAUCUUCACAGGAUUACUGAUUAUUUGCUGCAGGGAUAGAUGCCCACAUACAUCUAUCGCUGCGCCAGGAAGUGGAAAUUGCAUUAUCUCCUGACUCUCCUUGAAGUUUCUUAUCGUGGGAAAACGCGAACUCAGAGCCUUUCGGGCAAGCUCCGUCACUCCCUUCUGAAAACAAAUCGACUCUAAUAUCUACUUUGUCCCGAAGAUCUAGAAGAUUGAUCCGAGGCCUGCCUGCCUCGCCUCCGCACUUCUGGCAAGCCCCCACCCCCUCAUCACUAGCACCAACUUCCACUGGCAGACACAACAGAAGGCAAGGCUUGGGUGGAGAAGCAGGAGCAAGCGCCUCUCUUACCAGAGGCACCAGUGAUCAGGGACUUCGACAGCUUUGCUGAACCUCCCAUUUCUCGCUGUUCCUGCUAUUAUCCCUCCCUGGCUGAGGCUUAACUCUCCCUUCUGUAGGGGGAGGCACAGAAGGGGCCAGCCUCUGAGGCGCUCAGAGGGACAUAGACACUCGCACCCUCGAUUGCAAAGGAAGAUUGUUGGCCCGCUGCCUCUGAGCAAGAAGCGCCUCCAUUCCAUUCUUUUCUCGCACGCCAGUUUCAACUCUCAAUCUCUGCCUCCUCUUUUCCCCACCAACCUCCCACCUUUUUGUGUGCUUUUGUUGUGUCGUCGCUGCCGCGGUCCACCCCCCGGAGUAGAAGGGAUUAAAGAGCAGCCGGAAUGCCCCAACUCUCGGGGGGAGGCGGUGGCGGCGGCGGCGGGGGGGACCCGGAGCUGUGCGCCACAGACGAGAUGAUCCCCUUCAAAGACGAAGGCGAUCCGCAGAAGGAAAAAAUCUUCGCAGAGAUUAGUCAUCCCGAAGAGGAAGGGGACUUGGCCGACAUCAAAUCCUCCUUGGUAAAUGAAUCCGAGAUCAUCCCAGCCAGCAACGGGCAUGAGGUGGUCAGACAAGCACAAACCUCUCAGGAAUCAUACCAUGACAAAGCCAGAGAUCACCCUGAUGAAGCAGGAAAACAUCCAGAUGGAGGAUUAUACAACAAGGGCCCUUCUUACUCUGGUUAUUCUGGGUAUAUAAUGAUGCCAAAUAUGAACAAUGACCCUUAUAUGUCAAAUGGAUCUCUCUCUCCACCUAUCCCUCGAACAUCCAAUAAAGUGCCCGUGGUGCAGCCAUCCCAUGCAGUCCACCCUCUCACUCCACUCAUCACUUACAGCGAUGAGCACUUUUCACCAGGAUCGCAUCCUUCCCAUAUCCCAUCAGACGUCAACUCCAAACAAGGUAUGUCCAGACAUCCUCCAGCUCCUGACAUUCCUACCUUUUAUCCCCUGUCUCCAAGUGGUGUAGGACAGAUUGCCCCACCUCUUGGCUGGCAAGGUCAGCCUGUAUAUCCCAUCACGGGUGGAUUCAGGCAGCCCUACCCAUCCUCACUCUCAGUCGACACUUCCAUGUCCAGGUUUUCACAUCAUAUGAUCCCUGGCCCUCCAGGUCCCCACACAACUGGAAUCCCUCAUCCAGCCAUUGUAACGCCUCAGGUCAAACAGGAACAUCCUCAUACUGACAAUGAGCUAAUGCACGUGAAGCCUCAGCAUGAACAGAGAAAGGAGCAGGAGCCGAAAAGACCUCACAUUAAGAAACCUCUGAAUGCUUUUAUGUUAUACAUGAAAGAAAUGAGAGCGAAUGUCGUAGCUGAGUGUACUCUGAAAGAAAGUGCAGCUAUCAACCAGAUUCUAGGCCGAAGGUGGCACGCCCUCUCCCGUGAAGAACAAGCUAAAUAUUAUGAAUUAGCUCGGAAGGAAAGGCAGUUACACAUGCAGCUCUAUCCAGGCUGGUCUGCGAGAGACAAUUAUGGUAAGAAAAAGAAGAGGAAGAGAGAGAAACUACAAGAAUCCACAUCAGGUGGAAAACGAAACUCAUUCCCGACAUGCAAAGCCAAGGCAGCAACCCCAGGGCCUCUUCUAGAGAUGGAAGCCUGUUGAAACCCCAAACAUCUCCUCAGUCUGAGCAGUUUACCCCAAAGGAGUCUUGAUAUCCACUUGACCCUGUGGUCACUGCUAGAGACAUUGAACCAUAAGGACAAUCACUGCCAAAUCCCUCUUUGCUUCUACUGCAAGAACCCGGGCCUGAAAGAAAAGCAUAAAAGAAAAUUUUAAAGCAACAAAUCCCACAAAAUUGAAAUGCACAUGAAAAUGUUUGCAGACUUUGGGUCAAUUGAGAAGCUUCUCUCUCUUCAUCUCUGCCUUGUACUUCCCAGAGUAUUUUGCAUCCAUGUUUGUACCUUUUGGCAAGCAAGGUAACCUGGCCAUGUCCACCUGCCUGCUGCAACCACCUGGAGCCAACAACCAGCCAGCACUCAAAUCACCUGCCUAUCAACCCAUGAGGAAAUUGUGGAAGACCUCUCCCUCUUUGUUUCUAUCUCCAUGUUUUUUUCUCUUCCUUCCCAAACAUUUUAUUUAAUAACAGUGCAAAAGGAUCAAUUUUAUGUUUGCUUCUUUAAAAAAAACUUGAAUGCUUUUAUAUUUUUAACUUUUUAGUUUUAAUUUCCUUGGUGUAUAUUUUACUAGCCAUAUGAUCUUUUAAAUAAAAUUCAAAGACCUGGAAAAGUAUGAUUUAAAAAAAAAAACACAACAAAACUGAAAGAAAUCCAAGAGAAAUCUUGUCUGAAAAUGUGGCUUCUCUGUGAACAAAUUUGUAACAAAAGCCUCUCCGUCUUUGUAAGGUGUUAUAUAGAACUAAUUAAGUGUAACCACCAAGUCAACUUGUCAGUAGACAUGGCAAUCCUGCUUCACUUUAGUCUUCUUUGUAAACCUAAGCAAUACAUCCAGCAAAUUGGUUUGCAGUGAGUUUCCCUUUCUUCUUUAUCUCUUACCCCCUUUCUUGUAAAAAGCCCAGCACUUGAAUUGUUAUUACUUUAAAUGUUCUGUAUUUGUAUCUGUUUUUAUUAGCUGAUUAGUGGGAUUUUAUGCCAGUUGUUGAAAUGAGCAUUGAUGUACCCAUUAAAAAAACAAAAAAACUGCAAGGCACAGCCUUUGCCAAAAACUGUUAGCUAAAGUUUUGUCAUUCCAGUUUGAGUUAAUGUGCUGAGCAUUUUUUAAAAGAAGCUUUGUAAUAAAACAACAAAAAAGUGUCACUUCA